AUCUUGUACCCGGUUCUGCCCGUCGAUUACCGCGCGGGAUCAGGCGCCUUGUCGGCUUCCCCUUUUGGGGGAAUCCGCUCGCGGAAUUAGCCCGGGCGUCAAGGCUAACCCAUAUGGGUUAGCGUAGAUUAUCGAUACCGAUACCGGUUAUUUCAAAGCCAGCAACAAGAAGCUAUCACCGAUUUUGAUAAAGACUCGGUCGGACAUACAGCUCAAGGUCCCUAUACUAUAUGAUAUAUUUGACAGUUAACAGCCCCCAGUCUGGGGUCCCCACUUAUGGGGCGAUGGAUCAAAGUGCCUUCCUGGAGUGGAGAUCCAAUAAUUCGUGCUACACACGCCAUAUAAGAAGAGUAGACCCUGACAACAUAUUUUGAGAUUCGAUUAAACCCCCAUUUCAGUUCCAGACCUUCAGAGCUUAGCAUAUACAAGCAGAAGUUAUGAGUGACAAAUAUGCAGCAGUGCACCAGUCGCCCAAGGGCGCUGGCGACGCGCGCCCAACUGCCCUGCAAAUCAUUCAGGAUGAACAUCUCGAAGGCCAAUGGUCUGACAAGGUUAUCCUCAUCACCGGCUGCUCGUCAGGUCUGGGUGUGCAUACUGCGAGAGCACUAUACGCUACCGGUGCUACACUUUACCUGACGGCCCGUGACCUCGAGAGGGCGAAAACAGCGCUUGGUGAUAUGAUGGACAGCCCACGUGUGCACCUCUUGUCUCUGGAUCUCAACUCCCUGGCUUCAGUGCGUGCCUGCGCAGGGGAAUUGAAAGCAAUAUCUUCCCGGCUUAACAUUCUCAUCGCCAACGCCGGUGUCAUGGGCUGCCCGGAAGGACGGACGGAAGAUGGUUUCGAGACGCAAUUUGGGACCAACCACCUGGCGCAUUUUCUCCUUUUCCAUCUCUUCCGUCCUGUGAUGUUGGCAUCUUCCUCACCUGCAUUUCACUCACGGGUGGUGCUACUAUCCUCCGGCUCGCAUCGCUUUGGCCAAGUCAACUUUGACAACCUGACCUGGGAGGGCGAGUUCGACACCUGGAUGGCCUAUGCACAAAGCAAGACAGCCAACAUCUGGACCGCUAAUGAGAUUGAGCGGCGGUAUGAAGCUCACGGUCUGCACGCGGUUAGUUUGCAUCCUGGGACCAUUGCCACAGACCUGCUGCGUCAUGUGCCGGCUGACCAAAUGGCGAUUUGGACUGCGGAUAAGGAGUUGGAAAAAUAUUGGAAGACUCCUGAGCAAGGAGCUGCCACUGCAGUCUGGGCAGCAGUGAGCCCAGAAAUGGAAGGGAAGGGUGGAGUGUACUUGGAGAAUUGUGCUGUGGCCAAUUCAUGGGUUCCUGCCGCUGGUCCUUGGGGACCGGGAUAUGCCCAAUGGGCGUAUAGUCCGGAGAGCGAAGCAAGGCUUUGGGAUGUAUCAUUAAACUUAUUGAAGUUGCAGGAGUAG